AUGAUUCCUCUUACCUUAAUCAACUUAAGACGAAGGAUGUUGUACAUGAAACAUAAAUUCUACAGGCUUGAUAACGUAUGGCGGAUUAUAAUUAUCGCUCUGCUUCUAAUGUUUUUGUGGAUUUGGGGUAAGAUUGAUGGAAAUAAGCUUAUUGAACUUUAGCCUUGGCUUGUUUUAAUGAAACAGUGAUUAUAAGCACUGUUAAAACGUCAUCCUCGAUGUAAGACCCUGUUAAACUCACGGUUGACGUAAAACAAAGAAAACAAAGAAGUCAUCACAACAGAACCUAGGAAAACAAAAGGUGCGAAACAAAGAAAAAGUUCACAGGUUUUUACACCGAGGAAAACCCAUUAAAACUAGGUAUUUUCAAUUGAGAAGAAAAGUAGCUAUGUUUUAUACUUGUGGAAACAUAUGGCUUAAGUAAAUAAUAAACCUCUUUGGCUUGCAUAGAUGUUAUGUUUUCUCAAUACAGGUCCUGUGAUUUAUAAUACUCUACAGUGUUUAGGGAAGUGUUUUUUUCUAAUUUCGUCUUAUUUACGUGCAUAUCUACGCAUGAAUAGACAUUGGGUCAAAUUUCCCUGGGACCUUUAUUGGGAAAACAAAACAUACAAGCUAAAGGUUUAAUUAAUACAUCAAUCUCACCUUUUGUCCACAGUGUGGAAUUCAUCCCGGAUGGAGAGAAGAGCACCUUAUGUGAUUCCUAAAUCAAUACAACAGCAUUUAACACAUUAUUGCAACUUUCCAGUGCGGACAUCAGGUGCAGAGGGAUCGUUAAGCUUAGAAGACCUGGAGCAUUCGAGGCGUUUUAGAUUAGAAAUGGUCCAUGUGCUAAUUCGCCAUGGAGAUAGGUCUCCAGCCAUGGAUAUAGCCAACAUGGAUAACAAAAAUUAUGAUUACGAUUGUACAUUUAAGACAGCAGAUCGUGAUCACAAACAAAUGUUUGAAGAGUUCAAGCAGACAUCGAGGUAUUUUAAACUUCGUGAGUUUGUCAAGGGUGUGAGAACUAGUCAAUCUCUCGUCCCAUCAGGGAAAAAAUGUGAAAUUGGACAGCUGACUCAGAGGGGUUUUCUUCAACACUUUGAAAUUGGAAAACACAUGCGAGAAGUAUAUCAUGACUUGUUAGGAGAUGAUAUUACAGGUGGCAAUCUUCUUUUGCGGUCAACGCAAAGGACAAGAUGCAUUCAAAGUGCUGCAGCUUUCCUUUUUGGACUUUUAACAAAAGACACUAUAAUGAAAGGUAACUGGCAUAAAAUAAUACCUCUGAAAAUACAAAAUCUGGAGUCCGCUCACUCUCUGUUUUGUUCCCCAUCCCCAUAUCAAAACCUCCCUUGCCGUCCCGAGGUCUUAUUAUUCUGUGCGUUACGUGUCAGAUAUUUUGCUGAAAUGCCUUGACUGAGAAGGCUUGGAAAGACACUAUCAUGCAGGUAGCCCAACUCUUGCUUUCGGGCAACUAGAAAAUCUUUGUUUUUUCAUACAAAUCAUAUGCUGGGUACCCUAUAUUUUUCAGAUUCAGAGCACUGGGUUCCCUUAAUAAUGACAAAGUUAGUUGUUGAUGGUGAUGAAAAAUGCACAUAAAUGCCACCAGAAACAACCUGUUCUAUGAACAGCAACUGUGAAAUAAAAUUGGAAAAAAAAAACAUUUUUACAUUUUGAGGAAAUGUGGGGCUAAAUUCAAAACUGAAACAUGGAAGAGCUUAAGAGAUUAUUUCUUACCCUCAAAAGCUGCAAUCAAGGUGGGGGUGGGGAUGGCAAGGGAGGCCUCUUCCAUUUUCUAUCCCUCACCCCACCCCCCAGUGUCCAGAGUGUUGGCUUACAGGCAUAUCAUACACACAGAUCCACACUGGUUUCUGCUGUUUUAUGCAAAUCGGUCAGAGUUUUCAAAAUAAAUAAAUUUUUAAUAUAAAAAAAAACUCUAUAAGUUGAAAUCAAGAGAUGAAAUAAUCCACCAGUUUGCAAAGCUUUAUCCAAGGAGAAUGUAGGCUUGAUUUCCGCCGUCUCCUGGGUCCAGUCUUUGAUCCUCUAAGAAGAAUGGAAUUGGCCAAUAUCCUGUCUGAGUGAUUCAGAAACCCCAGAAAUUUCCUGGGGGAGCAUGCCCCCGACCCCCCUAGAACCUUGUGCUUUUGGCGCUUGUUCAGGAAAUCUGUCAAAUUUUUCCCAGAUCCGCACCUGCAUUAGUAAAUGAUUGCUUUAAAUAUACAGUGUAGUGAUUAUAACCAACCUCCCUUGUAUUAAGCUAGUUUUUCCUUCCAUAAAGGUCAAAAUUCUAAGAUUUGACCAUUGACAGUUCUGGUUUCUUUGUGAUAUAGAGGGAAUAGCCAUUAACCUGACUUCAGAUAUUUGGCUGCGAGAGGAUGACCAUGGUGUACCCUAUAAGUGUCCGUCAUUUUACCAACGUUGGGCAGAAUAUAAACAGAGCCAAGAAUAUAUCACAGGGGCAGCAGAAAUGGAGCCAUUCAUGCAGAAGUACUCUCAAAUACUAGGAACUUCAAGAUCAUCUAUAACAACUGUGAUAUUGUACGUAAAUUGGGUGUCUUUGUGUUGUUCAUAGGAACACCUUUGCCCUUUUCCAUCGUCACGAAUGUCACUGCCAAGAUACUCUUCAACAUUUUAUUAUAAGUAGCAGAAUCUCUCCUAAAAUGACAAAUUCCCUUAACUUGCUCCUUUUUGUAAAAAAAUAUUUAAAACAGGAAUACAUCCCUCAUUAUUGAAUAAAACCAAGUGUGAACAUUGUUCAAAAUUUAGUGUCAUGAUAAUACAGUACCAUUAUACUAGAAACACAGGUGAAUGGAACUUUCUACUAACUUAUUUUUUUUACUUUCCCUUCGGUUGAAUUUUCUAUGAAUUUAAGCCAAUCAGUUUACCUCAAACAUUUUUUUUGUUUCCUUUGGGAGUUAGAAUUAGUGGGGUCUACUAUUAGUUUUGUAAUGUUAUUUAUUUGCAAGAUCAGGUAAAAGUGAAAUAAAUAUUAGAGGGAUUAAAAUUCAUGUUUACGCCAAACGUUAAAUGUGAGAUUCAAGUUGAGGAUUUCCAAGAAUAGAAAAUAAGCAGAUAAAAACUGUCCCGAACAAUUCUUAUAAAACUGGUGUGAAACUACUUAUUUUUUAGUUGAAGUAAUAAACAGUUAACGACAAUUGAGGGAAAAACUUGGUCACGUGGUACAAAUUCACGUUUUCCAUUUGGUGUAAACUUGAAUCUUAAUCUCUCUAGUAUAAAUCAAGAUUUCCUUAAUUGUAUGUUAACUAACACCAAAACAAUAGUUACUUUUUUAAAUAGUAACUAUUGUUUUAGUUAGUAAAUUAAUUAUUAAACUAAUUUAAUUUUAAUUUAUUUUUAUUACAUAUUUUUUGCAUAUUUAAUUUAAUAAUAAUAAUAAUAUUAUUCAUUCCUCCAGCCUGACUGAUGCAAUUUUAACUCGAUACUGCUACAAACAUCCCCUCCCCUGUGGACCCGGGGGCUGUGUGACACAGGAGAUGGCAGCCGACGGAAUCAACUUUGCAAGCUGGGCAUUUGCUGAGAAUUUCACUGCAAUAGCUGAUGUUGCCACCCACCCCAUGUUGAUACAGAUGGCAAAGAGGAUGAUUGACAAGUCUCGUGAUAAAACCAAACUCAAGUUUAUACUUUAUAGUGCCCACGACAGUACUGUGACACCACUGCUACUAAAUCUGGGUGUUCAUGAUCGGAAUAAGUGGACUCCUUAUGCUACCAGAGUGGUUAUUGAACUCUGGAGAGACACAACAUCAUCACAAGAUUCUAUAGAACCCUUGUACUUUAGAGUUUUGGUUAAUGGCAAAGCUGUCACUAGUAAGAUGAAGUUCUGUGGAGAAGCUUUGUUUAAGGGUGAACUUUGUCCUGUUAGGGAACUGAUUAAUUGGCUCUCGGCAGGUAAAGGGGCAAAAGGAAUGGAUGAUAAUUAUAAGUCACUUUGUAAUACAUGA